AUGCGGUCCUUUUUCAGAAGGCCCUCCUGGGCCAACACCGGAGACGGGAACUCGUCCCCUGAAUUCUAUCGCAGAGCUGACCAAACAUAUGGGGACAUUGUGGCCGCUAAUCGAGAGGCUCGGAUUCAGUCUGUCAAUCAUGAUUCUGAUUACUUGCGGGAAGAUGGAAAGGCAAGUAGGGGCCAGCAUACUACGGAAGACGAGCAUCAUGAGGACGUGGCAUCUUCGAUUCCCCCCGAAGCUACGCAAGUGACAAAUCUCCCACGCGAUGGGCCUAUCUCCAGAGUCACUGGUCACAGCGAGACAGGUGAGGACAACGCCAGUAGAAGCUCCUCAAUGAAGGUUCUCAGGCCAAGUGACAUGAGCGUGGCUGGUGUGUCCUCCCAGACUAAGAGACCACUCCAGGCCCAACCGCCACCUCGUAGUCCUUGUGUUGCGAACACACCCUUUCCAACACCAAGAACCACCCAGCAGAAUAACCUGCUCGCAACGCCUACCCAUGAACAUGACCAGUACGGCGAUAAUGACCCUCGUCCCAAAUCGGAGGCCAGCCACAGCAAACGCCAAGAGGACGUGACAGUCCAGAUCCUCAUAUCCUCAAAAAUUGCCCAUACAAAGCCGCUUGUUAUCAAGCGAAGGAUGUAUCAGCCUUUAAAGGAUGUUCGUCUAGCAUGGUGUGAACAUCAGAAAUUACCGCGAGCACUUUACCCCUUUGUGUUCUUGACCUGGAAAGGUCGAAGGCUGUUUGAUGUCACAACAUGCAAAAGCCUUGGAGGUCAUAGAAGCGGGGAUCCUGAAACCUCCACAUUCCGUGAUGACCUUUCGGAUGAUUCUGGUGGCGUCCAUAUCCACAUGGAAGCGGUCAUGGAUGACCAAGCCCCCAAUUACCCAUUGGCGUCAUCCAAAUCUUUGUCAGGGCACCAUCUGGAGGAAUACGCGGAUCUAGAAGGAGACAAUACUGAGCGCCGUUCAUUUAGGCUAGUCUUCAAGUGUCCUGGUCAUGCGGAUUACGAGAUGUAUGCCGGCUCACAGACGCGAAUUGCUCAUCUGGUAGCAGCCUACCGUGACAUACACAAUAUACAUCCAGAGCAGACCGUAUAUCUUACAUUUGACGGUGAACGACUAGACCCCAACUCCUGCCCUGCAGACCAUGAUAUGACACACGAUGACCUUGUGGAUGUUAUCAUAAAAUAA